AUGGUCCUGGUCCUGGUCCUGGUCCUGGUCCUGGUCCUCCUCUACAGGGUCUCUGAGGUCCAUGGAUGUGUUGAAAAACAUGCAGGGACUGAAGGACGGAUCUGGAGAGCAGCCAUUCCCCCAAACCUCCGUCUGACGAGUCCAGACAAGCCUCUGGUAAAAGGUGAGGAUGUUUGUCCUCCAGCUGGGUCAGUGAGCCAGGUAAAGGAGUUCAUCUACAGCUCCUCACAGGUAAAGGAGUUCAUCUACAGCUCCUCACAGGUAAAGGAGUUCAUCUACAGCUCCUCACAGGUAAAGGAGUUCAUCUACAGCUCCUCACAGGUAAAGGAGUUCAUCUACAGCUCCUCACAGGUAAAGGAGUUCAUCUACAGCUCCUCACAGGUAAAGGAGUUCAUCUACAGCUCCUCACAGGUAAAGGAGUUUAUCUACAGCUCCUCACAGGUAAAGGAGUUUAUCUGCAGCUCCUCACAGGUAAAGGAGUUUAUCUACAGCUCCUCACAGGUAAAGGAGUUCAUCUACAGCUCCUCACAGGUAAAGGAGUUCAUCUACAGCUCCUCACAGGUAAAGGAGUUCAUCUACAGCUCCUCACAGGUAAAGGAGUUCAUCUACAGCUCCUCACAGGUAAAGGAGUUCAUCUGCAGCUCCUCACAGGUAAAGGAGUUCAUCUACAGCUCCUCACAGGUAAAGGAGUUCAUCUGCAGCUCCUCACAGGUAAAGGAGUUCAUCUACAGCUCCUCACAGGUAAAGGAGUUCAUCUACAGCUCCUCACAGGUAAAGGAGUUCAUCUACAGCUCCUCACAGGUAAAGGAGUUCAUCUACAGCUCCUCACAGAUAAAGAAGAAAAUGUGGAAAAAAUAUAUUUUUAUGUCCACAUUUUCAACAUUUUUGAGAAAUUUUUGAACAUUUUUCCACGGACAAAAAAGAAAUAUUAAAAAAAGUUA